CUGUAUCCUCCAGUGAUCAUGGACAAACCAGUAUGCUUGAUUGACACGGAGUCAGAUGGGAAGCUGUGUGUGCAGCAGUCAGCUCUACAGAUCCUGCAGCAGAUCCAGCAGCCAGUGGUGGUGGUGGCCGUGGUGGGUCUCUACCGCACCGGGAAGUCCUACCUGAUGAAUCGCCUUGCAGGACAACAAACAGGGUUUGUAUUGGGCAGCACCAUCGAGUCCCAGACGAAGGGCAUCUGGAUGUGGUGUGUGGAUCACCCCACUAAAGCAGGAACCACUCUGGUGCUGCUGGACACUGAGGGACUCAGAGACGUGGACAAGGGAGACUCAAAGCAUGACACCAACAUCUUCUGUCUGGCUGUCUUACUGAGCAGCACUCUGGUCUACAACAGUCGAGGGACGAUUAACAACAGGGCUGUAGAGGAACUGCAAUAUGUUACUGAACUAACAGAGUGCAUUAAGGUCAAAUCAUCAGAUGAGGAUAAUGACGAUUCAAGCGAGUUUGUGAAGUUCUUCCCUAGUUUCAUCUGGGCUGUGAGGGACUUCACUCUUGAGCGAAAGAUCGAUGGCAAAGAUGCAACAGAGGAUGAGUACCUAGAGUUUGCUCUGAAGCUGAAACCUGGCACAGCAAAACAAGUGAUGGAGUACAACUGGCCCAGGGAGUGCAUCCAAACAUUCUUCCCUUCCAGAACGUGCUUCACUUUCCCAUUCCCAACCGCUCCAGAGAAUGUGUCUCGUUUGGAGAGCUUGGAUCCUGCUGACCUUUCCUCUGACUUCCUGGAGGUCACAGAUCGUUUCUGCAAGUUUGUCUUUCACGAGAGUCAUGUGAAGAAGCUGAAAGAUGGAAUCACAGUCACUGGCAGAGUUCUGGGUCACUUGGCGAAAACAUACGUGGACACCAUCUCCAGUGGGGCUGUGCCGUGUCUGGAGAAUGCUGUGAUUGCUAUGGCAAUGAUUGAGAAUGAGUCUGCAGUGAAGGAGGGGCUUGAGGUUUACCAGAGUGGAAUGGAGAAGCUGAAGGACUCCUUCCCUCUGGAACUGAAGGAUGUGUCCUCAGAACACCAACGUCUCAGCAAAAUGGCGACACAAGCCUUCAUGAAGCGUUCUUUCAGGGACAGUGAUGGGAAAAACUUAAAAUCUCUAGAGGAAAACAUUAAUAAACACUUUGAUGGAUAUCUGUGCCAAAACGAGCAAGCUUCGAAGAGACGAUGUGAGGAUCUCUUGUCAUCCCUCUCUGAGCCAAUGACUGAAAAUCUCAAGCAGGGUUCCUAUGCUAAACCUGAUGGCUAUGAUCUCUUCUGCAAGGAUCUGGAGGACAUUGUGAAGAAUUAUAACAGCCAGGCCAAUAAAGAAGUCAAGGCUGAAGAGGUCCUAGAGGAGUUUCUGAAGCAGAAGUCGGUAGAUUCUAAAGCAAUUCUGCAGGCUGACAAAAAACUGACUGAGAAGGAAAAACAGAUUAAGGAGGAAACCGAGAAAGCAGCCCUCCUGCAGCAGGAAAUCAAAGCUAAAGAGGAGAAGCAGCGACAACUCGAAGAGAAGAUGGAAGCAGAGAAACAGAGUAAUGAAGAGAGGAUGAGCCAGGUGAAGGAGAAGAUGGAUGAGGAGCUGAGGCUCCAGAGAGAGGAGGCUGAGCGUGCCAUGGACAGUAAACUGAGGGAGCAGGCUGCUCUGUUGGAGAAGGGCUUUAAGGAGAAAGCAGACAGGAUGACCCAGGAGGUGGAAGAGUUCAAGAGACAGAAUGAUGAAGCCGAGAGUAAUAGAGCUAGAGAGUUUGCAGUGAUGUUAGAGAACUUCAACAAGAGACAUGAGGACUCUAUGGCUAUGAUGAUGCAGCAACACAGAGAACAGAUGCAGGCCAUUCAGCCGAAGAAUGCACGCUGUUCAGAGGAAAUAGAGGAAGCAGCCCUCCUGCAUCAGGAAGUCAAAGCUACAGAGGAGAAGCUGCAACAACUCGAAGAGAAGAUGGAAGCAGAGAAACAGAGUAAUGAAGAGAGGAUGAGACAGAUGAAGGAGAAGAUGGAUGAGGAGCUGAGGCUCCAGAGAGAGGAGGCUGAUCGUGCCAUGGACAGUAAACUGAGGGAGCAGGCUGCUCUGUUGGAGAAGGGCUUUAAGGAGAAGGCUGACAGGAUGACACAGGAGGUGGAAGAGUUCAAGAGACAGAAUGAUGAAGCCGAGAGUAAUAGAGCUAGAGAGUUUAAAGAGAUGUUAGAGAACUUCAACAAGAGACAUGAGGACUCUAUGGCUAUGAUGAUGCAGCAACACAGAGAACAGAUGCAGGCCAUUCAGCCGAAGAAUGCACGCUGUUCAGAGGAAAUAGAGGAAGCAGCCCUCCUGCAUCAGGAAGUCAAAGCUACAGAGGAGAAGCUGCAACAACUCGAAGAGAAGAUGGAAGCAGAGAAACAGAGUAAUGAAGAGAGGAUGAGACAGAUGAAGGAGAAGAUGGAUGAGGAGCUGAGGCUCCAGAGAGAGGAGGCUGAUCGUGCCAUGGACAGUAAACUGAGGGAGCAGGCUGCUCUGUUGGAGAAGGGCUUUAAGGAGAAGGCUGACAGGAUGACACAGGAGGUGGAAGAGUUCAAGAGACAGAAUGAUGAAGCCGAGAGUAAUAGAGCUAGAGAGUUUAAAGAGAUGUUAGAGAACUUCAACAAGAGACAUGAGGACUCUAUGGCUAUGAUGAUGCAGCAACACAAAGAACAGAUGCAGGCCAUACAGCCGAAGAAUGCACGCUGUUCAGAGGAAAUAGAGGAAGCAGCCCUCCUGCAGCAGGAAAUCAAAGCUAUAGAGGAGAAGCAGCGACAACUCGAAGAGAAGAUGGAAGCAGAGAAACAGAGUAAUGAAGAGAGGAUGAGACAGAUGAAAGAGAAGAUGGAUGAGGAGCUGAGGCUCCAGAGAGAGGAGGCUGAUCGUGCCAUGGACAGUAAACUGAGGGAGCAGGCUGCUCUGUUGGAGAAGGGCUUUAAGGAGAAAGCAGACAGGAUGAGCCAGGAGAUGGAAGAGUUCAAGAGACAGAAUGAUGAAGCCGAGAGUAAUAGAGCUAGAGAGUUUAAAGAGAUGUUAGAGAACUCCAACAAGAGACAUGAGGGACUCUAUGGCUAUGAUGAUGCAGCAACACAAAGAACAGAUGCAGGCCAUUCAGCCGAAGAAUGCACGCUGUUCAGAGGAAAUAGAGGAAGCAGCCCUCCUGCAGCAGGAAAUCAAAGCUAAAGAGGAGAAGCAGCAACAACUCGAAGAGAAGAUGGAAGCAGAGAAACAGAGUAAUGAAGAGAGGAUGAGCCAGGUGAAGGAGAAGACGGAUGAGGAGCUGGGGCUCCAGAGAGAGGAGGCUGAUCGUGCCGUGGACAGUAAACUGA